GCAAGGCACUUCAGAAAUAAACUUGAUGCACCUAAGGAAAAACGCAAAUCAAACUUGGAAGUUGGAAGUGGACACAAAAAGACUCAUAUAUGUACAGAUAUCCUAAUACUCCGUACUAAGUAAAAGCAUACACUAGACUUAAAUUGGAGAGAAUGCAUGACAGCACACCACACAUUGACACCACUGAGGCAGGCAGUGCCUCUCCAAAACAAAACGCCACAAAACUAGCAAGUGUGCUUAAAGAAAAAUUUUAACCUAUCGGCGAGCAUUGUGCUUGUGUUGUGCAGCGGCACACGCUGAUAGCGCGCUCUCCCUUCCCCUGCUUCGAAGGGUCCACGCAGAAAAUCCCUUGGCUCCAAGAGGCAGGCGCCCGGUGCACGUACGUGCACAUGGCGCCAGUUGCCACCAAGGCGAACGCCAUGGCGCCUGCUCCUCCUCCUCCGACGAUGGCGCCGCCGCCGACGCCGCGGAAGCCAUUGCCAUUGCUCCUCCUCUCCCUCUCCCUCCCUUUCCUCCUCCUGCUUCUCUCCCUCGUCUUCCUCCUCUCGCACACCACCUUCAGCCUCCUGCUCUGCCCACUCCUCCCGCGGCCAACUUCGAGGCCGAAUGCCACGACGAUGGCUACGACGACGGUGGCCGCUGCUCCUCCUACACUUGAUGUAUCCAUGGACAAGUCGCUGCGAGCCUUCCAUGCAUCGUCGCCGCCGCCGCCGACACCGACGACGACGACGACACCGACACCGACACCUCCUCUUCCGCCGCCGGCUCCUCCUGCUUCUCCUGCCAAGAGCAACAAGAAGGCGUCCGCGAAGAGGAACAAGAGCCUCCUCAAGCUGCUGCUCAGGGAGACUCCCCGGACGCGGCGGUUCGCGGCGCGCGCGGGCGAGCUCUUCGCCUCGCCGCGGCCGUGCACGCGGCGCUUUUUCAUGACGUGGCUCUCCCCGCUCGCGCGGUUCGGCCGCCGCGAGCUCCUCGUCGUGGAGAGCCUCUUCAGGUCGCACCGCGACGCCUGCCUCCUCAUCGCCUCCGACACCAUGGACUCCGACGGCGGCGGCGACAGGCUCGGCCCGUUCCUCGACCGCGGCCUCCGCGUCGCCGCCGCCUCGCCGGACAUGGCCUACCUCCUGAACGGCACGCCGGCGGAGGCGUGGCUGGGCGCGGUGCAGCGCGGGGACGUCAGCCCCGGCAGCAUCCCGCUCGGGCAGAACCUCUCCAACCUCCUCCGCCUCGCCCUGCUCUACAAGUACGGCGGUGUCUACCUCGACGCCGACGUCGUCGUUCUCAGGCCCUUCUCCGACCUCCGCAACGCCAUCGGCGCGCAGGCCGUGGACGCGUCCACCGGCGACUGGAUGCGCCUCAACAACGCCGUCAUGGUGUUCGACCGGGGCCACCCGCUGCUCCGCGAGUUCAUCGCUGAGUUCGCCGCCAAGUUCGACGGCAGCAAGUGGGGCCACAACGGGCCGUACCUCGUGUCGAGGGUGGCGGCGAGGUGGCGUCGCCGCCGGAGGCCGGAGGCGGAGGCUGACCUGACGGUGCUGCCGCCGGCGGCGUUCUACCCCGUCGACUGGAACAAGAUCGGCGGGCUGUUCGUUGCACCCAAGGACAGGAAGGGCGAGAGGUGGGUGAAGGCCAAGGUUGAGAGCAUCAAAGGUGAGAGCUUUGGCAUCCAUCUGUGGAACAGGGAGAGCAGGAGCCUGGAAAUGGAGGAGGGCAGUGUGAUUGGAAGGUUACUCUCAGACAGCUGCUUGUUCUGCAAUUCCUCCAUGUUUGCAAAGUAUGAAUAGUUGCACAAAUGCAAAGAGAUAACGAGAUUGGAAUAUGUGGGAUGUCAGACAAAAUGUACAUCUUCACUUGGCAGGUAAGCAAUGACAAAAUAACAGUGGCUUUGCACUUGUAAGAUUUUGUCGGCACGGCAAAAAAAAAAAAAUAUGUAUAUGAAGCUAUGCUAAUCUUUGACUCACAGAGUCACAGUGCACUUUCAGUAAAUAAUUAAUUUGACAGAAUGAAUCAUCCAAAUCUGGUAUUUACAGAACUCUGCACGUCAAUGCAAAGCUAUAGACAUGGCAUGGUCUUGAAGGUUUUAUACUAGACCAACAAAGCCACAGUACUACAAUAUCAUGAAGGACUAAAUCAAAAAGCUGGAUCAAGAAUCACACAGAAUUCAUUCAGUUGGAAAUCACACACCUCUUCCUCUAUUAAAAUUAAACUGUGGAAUAAGGAACUUCAACAACUAUAUUUUUUGGUAGGUGGAAGAUACCGCCAUAUACAACAUCAUCUGUGUCCUCCCAGGUAACAUUUUGGGAUGUAGUUGUGUAAAGCAGACAUUUACAUGCUGUUUUGCGCCUACACCUAAUAUACUCGUGUUAAGCCCUCAAAAUCCGUAGCAGUCCAAGGCAGCCUGAUCAUUUUGCAGACCUGAAUUUCAGAAUCCCGUAGGCGAUGGAAGCAGGAUAAGUAUGGUUCAU